CAUUGCAUUUGAUACUUCGUUCGCUUCUACUCAAUUGCUUCUACGCAAUUACAAAUUUUCACUGUGAAUUCAAGUCGGAAAUCUUUAUUUCUUCUCCCUCUCUCUCUUUCUUUUUGUAUAGAACGAAGAGAGAAAUUCUCAAGUGAAAGUGUUGCACGUGCAUCGACUCAAAACAUUCUCGACUGAAUUUAAGCUCGAUAAAAAACUGAAAGCAGAGAUAAAAUUAUUGCUAUCGAAGAAGCAACUGUGCUGAAAAUUCGACUUUGACGACUCCACGACUAAAUUGACGAAAUAAUUCGGUUUAACAUCAAAAACACACGCGCAGAAGAAGCUGACACGUUGUUGGAAAUUCCAUUCAAUUAAUCAUCAUCGCGACUAGUCCGUAGGAGAAUAAUAUUUCCGAUCAGCUCCUAGCUAAGCGACUAUGAACGCCAUCAAGAAGCGGCUACAGACGUUAAAGCUCGAGAAAGAUCUUGCGAUGGACAAGGCCGACUUGUGUGAUCAGCAAGCGAAGGAGGCGAAUCGUCGGGAGGAGAAGCUGAAGGAUGAGGUGUGUGAAUUGGCGAAGAAGCUGGUGCAAAUGGAGCACGACCUGGAAGUCAGCAAAGCCCAGCUAAUUAAGUCGAACAGGGACCUCGAGAUAAAGGAGAGAGUCUAUAUCGUGACGCAGUCGGAGCUGGCGGUGCUGAACAGAAAGAUGCAGCAGUCCAUGCAGAAUCUGGAAAAAUCUGAGGAGCGACGUUUGUCUGCUCAAGCAAAGCUCGCGCAAGCCAUGGAAACCGCGGAAGACGCGAAACGCAUCUGCAAAGUCCUGGAGAAUAGGAGCAAGCAGGACGAGGAGCGGAUGGACCAAUUGACAGCGCAGUUGAAGGAGGCGAGGCUCAUCGCCGAGGACGCGGACACCAAGUCGGACGAGAUAUCGAGAAAAUUGGCAUUCGUCGAGGACGAGCUCGAGGCGGCGGAGGAAAGGGUUAAAUCGAGCGAGGCGAAAAUUAUCGAACGGGAGGACGAGUUAUUCAUCGUCGGGAAUAUCUUGAAGUCUUUGGAGGUGUCCGAGGAGAAGGCCAAUCAGAGGGUAGAGGAGUUCAAGACGCAAUUGAAGGAACUGAAGAUAAAACUGAAAGUAGCCGAGAAACGCGCCAUAUUCGCCGAGAAAACUGUCAAAAUAUUUGCGAAGGAAUUAGACAAGAGAGAAGAUUACCUGUUAAAGGAAAAGGAGAAGUACAAGUACAUCUGCGACGACCUGGACUCCACGUUUUCGGAACUUACGGGGUACUGAAGAAGUCUUCGUGUAUCGAAUGCGUCGCUCGCAAGUGUUGCUUGGAUCCAGGGCCAUGAGCGUCCGCGAAUGCAAGUCGCACGUCGAGCGUCUCAUACUGAGAAAAAUCCUUCAGUUAUCAGAACGAGGGCACGCUUGCUGUUUGAUGAUUGUUAGGAAAACAGAUCGAACAGUUACCGUUAAAAAUCAUCUCUCAUCAUUUGUCAUUUUACCAAACACACAUUACCUGAUAUACAAGCUACAUUUGAGAUCUGUUUUUAGUUUGAACUGUUUUUGUUUGCUUAGACCAAGUUAGUUACAUCUCUCUCUAUGGCAGAAGUUGCUUAAAGCAGCAAAUUGAAAGUAA